AUGGGCAAAAGGCAGCAUCAAAAAGAUAAAAUGUAUCUAACAUACACUGAGUGGACCACCUUGUAUGGAGGAAAACGGUCUGGCACAGCUAUUGAAGAAGAUACAACUUUUAAAAGGCUUCCCUAUGAUCAUUGCUGUCUGUGUCUGCAACCUUUCGAAGAUCCCUUUUGUGAUGGUGACGGCAAUAUAUUUGAAUGUGAAGCAAUAAUUGCAUUCAUUAAAAAAUUUAAUGUUAAUCCUGUCACUGGAAAGAAAUUUGAUGUUAAGGCACUGCUGAAGUUAAAGUUUCAUAAAAAUGCAGAAGAUCAGUAUCACUGUCCAGUUCUUUUUAAGCUGUUCACAAAAAAUUCACAUAUUGUGGCAAUUCGUACUACUGGAAAUGUGUACUCAUAUGAGGCUGUGGAACAGCUCAAUAUUAAAACCAAAAACUGGAAGGACCUCAUAGAUGAUACACCAUUCACCAGAAGUGAUAUCAUAACAAUACAAGAUCCAAACAAUCUAAACAAGUUCAACAUUUCAAAUUUUCAUCAUAUUAAAAAUAACUUAAGGGUCGAAACAGAGGAGGAAAUUGCAAUGAGGAAUGACCCUCAUGCUAGAUUAAAAACUGUAUCUGCUGAGACAAAGGAUAUACUGGAAGAACUUGAAAGGGAGUAUAAAGCACCAGAAGCAAAAGAAAAUAAAAAGGAGGUUGCUGAUAAGUUCAAUGCGGCUCAUUACUCUACCGGCAUGGUGGCUGCUAGUUUCACGUCCACUGCAAUGGUACCAGAGACAGUGCAUGAGGCUGCCAUAAUUUGUGAAGAUGAGGUCAAAUAUGAGCGAGUGAAGAAAAAAGGAUAUGUCCGAUUGGUAACAAACUUGGGACCUUUAAAUUUGGAGCUCUACUGUGAUUUGACCCCAAAAGCUGCCGAUAAUUUCAUAAAGCACUGUUACAGUGGCUACUACAAUGGAACAAAAUUUCACAGAUCUAUAAGGAAUUUCAUGAUACAAGGUGGGGAUCCAACUGGAACAGGUCUCGGUGGAGAGUCCAUUUGGAAGAAACCAUUUGAAGAUGAGAUCAGGCCCAACUUACAUCAUACUGGCCGAGGUGUGUUAUCUAUGGCCAACUCUGGGCCUAAUACAAACGGAUCCCAAUUCUUCAUUACAUUUCGCUCUUGUAAACAACUAGAUGGCAAGCAUACAAUAUUUGGUAAACUUGUUGGUGGCCUGGAUACCCUGAAUGCUAUAGAACAGAUUGAAGUGGAUAAUAGAGACAGACCCAUUCAGGAUAUUGUUAUUGAAGUUGCUCAAGUAUUUGUGGACCCAUUUAUUGAAGCUGAAGAGCAGUUGGUGGCUGAAAGAGCUGAAGAGUUAAAAAGAAAAGCUGAAGCUGAUAGACCCAGUACAAAUUUAAAAAAAGCAAAUAAACAACCUCUUAAAAUAUUCAGAGAGGGUGUUGGUAAAUACUUGAACUUGCAAGAGCAUUCAACAGGCACAAAAAGCACAAAACCACAGGAAUUUCCUGCUAAAAAACCUAAGAAAGAUAGCGAUUAUAAAUUUGGAAGUUUUGAGUCAUGG